GAGGAAUGCUCAUACCAUGCUGGAGUCGCAUCUGCAGCGACGGGGGAACAUGGCUUCGUGGUCGGGCUUUGGGCUUCGUGCUUUCUUCUGACAGCUGAACUCCUUUGGCAAUGCAGCAGUCCCCUCUCUGAUGAGACGAUGAGAACCCACACCCGUGGGGCCCCCACAGUGUUCUUCAUAAGUCUGCUGUGGCCCCUGCUUGCUCCAGUUUCUGCAGCUGAAGUGGACCCUGCUGGGGGAAUUCCCUUCAUGGGAGGCAACUAUGACAGUCAUCCCAUGUUGUACUUCAGCCGUGGGGAUGUGGAGGAGCUACAGUACGCAGCAGCAGGAACUCAUCGGCAGAUGGCCAGGAGGAUCCGGGAAGCCGGGGAGACCAUGCUGGAGCAUCCAGAGGAGUACCUGCCCCCUUGGAGCCCCACAGAAUUCACCGCCCGCUGGAAUGAGGUCUAUGGAAACAAUCUGGGUGUGCUGUCUAUGUUCUGCCUGCUAUACCCGCACAGGGCUGGGGCCCUCGACCUGGCCAAGGACUACAUGGAGAGGAUGGCGGCUCAGCCUAGUUGGUUGGUGAAGGACGCCCCCUGGGAUGAAGUUCCUUUGGCACACUCGCUGGUUGGAUUUUCCACAGCCUACGACUUCCUGUAUGAAUACUUGAACAAAGGCCAACAGGAGCGCUUCCUUCAGGUUAUAGGCAAUGCAUCUCGCUUGAUGUACGAGAAGUCCUAUGUACGUGGCUGGGGGUUCCAGUACCUGCACAAUCAUCAGCCCACAAACUGUGUGGCUCUGCUCACCGGAAGCCUGGUCUACAUGACCCAAGGUUACCUUCAGGAAGCCUACCUGUGGACAAAGCAAGUCCUGUCCAUCAUGGAGAAGUCUAUGGUCCUUCUGCAGGACGUGACAGAUGGUUCUCUUUAUGAGGGUGUGGCCUAUGGGACUUACACCACCCGUUCCCUAUUCCAGUACAUGUUUCUUGUGCAGCGCCACUUUGCCAUCGGCCACUUCAGCCAUCCUUGGCUACUGAAGCACUUUGCCUUCCUCUACAGGACCAUCCUACCAGGAUUUCAGCGGACAGUGGCCAUCGCAGAUUCUAACUACAACUGGUUCUACGGGCCAGAGAGCCAGCUGGUCUUCUUGGAUCGCUAUGUGUUGCGUAAUGGCAGUGGGAAUUGGCUGGCAGAUCUGAUUAAUCAAAACAGGAUUACAGAAGGGCCAGGCCAGGCUGGAAAGGGCCAGCGAUGGUGCACGCUGCACACGGAGUUUAUUUGGUAUGACCCUGGCCUGAUCCCCAAACCCCCAGCAGAUUUUGGAACGUCUCAGCUCCAUUACUUCGAGGACUGGGGUGUGGUGACAUAUGGCGGAGCUUUGCCUUCUGGCACCAACAGCUCCUUUCUGUCCUUCAAGUCUGGGAAAUUAGGGGGACGUGCCAUCUUUGACAUCGUUCACAAAAACAAGUACAAAGAGUGGAUCAAAGGUUGGAGGAACUUCAAUGCUGGUCACGAACAUCCAGACCAGAACUCUUUCACCUUUGCACCCAACGGUGUCCCGUUCAUCACGGAGGCCCUGUAUGGACCCAAGUACACUUUAUUAAAUAAUGUGGCAUUGUUUGGCUCAACCCUGUCUGGGAGCUGCUUUAAACCUUGGGCUGGACAAGUAACAGAAGCCUGUGACUCUAAGUGGCUAAAGUACAAGGUGGGCCUUGCAGCCGAUGCCCAGGGCAGAGUGGAAGCUGCUAUAAAGAGAGAGGGGAUGGUCUUCAUUCGUGGCGAAGGACAUUCGGCUUAUAACCCAGACCUGAAAAUCAGGAACUUCCAGAGGAACUUGCUGCUUCUUCACCCACAGCUCCUGCUCAUGGUUGAUCACAUACACCUGGACCCAGGAAGCCCAACCAGAGCCAUGAGUGCCUUCUUUCACAACACCGAGUUGCCAUUUCAGAGUACGAAAGUAGAUGGUGUUCAUGGAGCGUUUGUAACACAUGGAAAGGAGAACUAUAAGAUGUUUUGGAUGGAUGACACAAACUCCAGUAACAAAGGGAUGGUGGGUUACUGGAGUUACCCUCGAGGGUAUCCCUAUAACGGCUCUAAUUAUGUGAAUGUAACAAUGCCACUAAGGUAUCCGCACACGAGGGUGGCCUAUAUUUUCUUUGGACCAGGCUUGGAUGUACAGAGCUUCAGCUUACGUGGGGAUGAUCAGCGGGUGGAUGUUUACCUCUCCACCAAAGACCACACCUACACCAUCUACCUUUUGACAGGGGAGGUCAUCAGCAAGCCUGUGUUUUCCAUUGUGCUGCUGGACCACAAAAAGAUUGUGUUUGAGAGAGCAGCAGCUGCUGUAGACAGCUUCCUUGUGGAAGUUGAAGAAUACACCAAUGUGAUGGAGGACAAUCUCCAGCAUGUCAAACCUGUCUUCCAGCAGAUGGAAAGACACAUCCUUGGACGAGUCCUCAACACUGCCAGUUUCCGUAGAACCGCUGAGCGCCUUUUCCAAUUCUCUGACAAGAAGAAGACAGAGGAGGUCAUUAAGAAGAUGUUUGCUAUGUCCAAGAAACAGAACAAAGGCAAGGGAGGAAAGAGGUUUAACCUUGGAGAGAAGCUGUCCGAGAGUCUGGAUGACAUUUUUUCACAAAUUGAGGUCAACGAAAAGAAUGAGAGAGAGAAGAUAUCAAAGCGUACAUAUGAGGACAGUCCAGAGGAAGGGGAUGCAGACUCAAGGGCCUUCGUGGAUUAUCCAGCUGCUCACAGGAACAGGAAGGGGGGCUUAGUUAAAGGCCGCAGGUUUAAGGAGGUUCGCAUUGUGACCACAGCAAGGAGUGAGGGGGUUUCUGGUAACCCCUCCUACAUUAGAUUGUUCCUGCUUAUGAACACCACUACCUUCUUCCUACUGCUGGCUGUCCUGCUUACUCGAUUCCAGAGGGGGCGGAGCCUGCACACACAGAAGUGCUUUUACACCAUUGUUUUGAUCGACUGCUUCAUCCUGCUGUACCUCUACUCAUCGUGUUCUCGCACACAGUGCUGACACCCUGUACCCCUCCGCAUGACAGGAUGUCCUGUCUGCUCAGGGUGAACUGAAAACACAUUCCUCUUUGUACCAGAUAUGAUAGCAAAAACAUCAAGGCCACUGUUUAGAAAAGUUAAAAAAGUUUUUCAAAAAGCUAAUUUGUAAUUGUCCAGGAAAACAACCUAAAUGACAUAAAAAGACAAAGAGCACUAAAUGUAUGGAUGUAGUACAUUCUUGGUCCACUCAACAUUUAAUUAUACAUUUUCUUAUUGAUUUCCACCCUCUGGAUAUGAUUCAUUCAUUCUUCGGGUCUUAUAAUUCUCUUUGUAAUAAAACUUGUAAGCUUUUAAAAUUUGUUGCUUUUAUUUAUCAAGUAAAGAUACAUGCUAAUCUCACCCAUUUGGGCUUCAGCACAGAGCCCGACAACACCCACAGAUGUUUGGGGAAAGUAAGCAGAAAUGUUAACGCCAUUAUCCCAAAAUGACACUACACAGGAAUUCAUACACUAACCCUAUCCAAUCAGCCUCUCAUUCACCACAGCAACAAAGGGCUGCAUGAGUUUAAACUUCAGUUGUUUUUAAAGCAAAACUACAAUUUGGUGGCUGUAAUUUCUGCUUUGGUUUUAACCUGACAUCAAAUGAGUGAAAUCAUGACUACAUUGUAAGUUUUGCAAAUGAGUCUUUCCGUUGUUGUUUAAUUACAUAACACUGGAAACAGCUGAAAAUCUUUCUUUGUACAUUUUUGGGUCCUCUCACAGGAUUUAUACAGGAAUCCCAGAGUUGACUUUACUAUUUUUUAUUACCUCUUUUACUAGCUCUACAAUAUUUUACUACCAACACAAAAUUGAGUCAAUUUCGCACCGAUUUCCUCAAUUUUGGGAGAUCGGUCAAUAUUUACAUGAAGCCAAUCUCAUCCUCUGAUCUUUUCUACUUCAGCAAAGGUCUAAAAAUCAGCCACUUUCCUCCUCUACUCUUCAGUGAGAAGUUUGACUGACAGACUGGCCUACCAGGUCAUGUCUGCAAGCUCUGCUGUUACCAACUCAGAGACUUUCUUCCUAUAUUUAGCGACAUUUCAAUCAAAAAAUGGCACUAGCUAAAACAGGGGUGUCAAACUCCAGUCGUUGAGGUCCACUGUCCUGCAGUUUUUUGAUGUGCCACAGGUACAAAACACAGGAAUGAAAUGGCUUAAUUUCCUCCGCCUUGUGUAGAUAAGUUCUCCAGAGCCUUGCUAAUGACCAAUUAUUCUAUUCAGGGGUGGUGCAGCAGAGGCACAGCUAAAUGUUGCAGGACACCGGCCCUGGAGGACUGGGUGUUGACACCCCUGAGCUAAAAUCAAAAUCGGCAGAUCAAACUUUUUAUAAAUUGAUAAUCUAUGAUCUGCAAGAAAGCUGCAAUCAGUGCACUGACCCAUGUAAGAUGACAUCUCAUUUAAGACAAAACUUUAUCCUUCUUACUUGAAGGUAUAACUGUGACUUUAUCUAAACCCAAACCUCAUUAUGUUAAAAACAGAAAGCACUAUUUUUAGUGCUUAUCCUGAAUCCAUAAGACUUAGAAAUGUCAUUGCAUUUUACAGAUAUUCUUAAAAAACAAAGAAAUCUUAUUUCACCUGAGUGAAGUUGCCCCCCCCCCUUUCUUCAAAUCAGACAAAAUUGGUGUCAAAUGUUUGUGCAGCAAAAAUUUUGAUUUGUGCCUCUAACAUUUUAAAGAAAUAAAGAAACGUUUCUAGUCGUCAUCAAAGGUCAACCAGCCUCCCACCUUCUUCAAAUCAAACAAAAUGGGUGCCAAUCAGCAAGACUGUUUGUGCUGGUUUGUGCAGCAACACUUUCUGUUUGUGCUGCUUUGGCUUUGAAGAUAUUAAUUAAAGUUUAAAGGUCAACCAGUCCUCUUCCUUUCAUAAAAUCAAACAAAAUAGGUGACAAUCAGCUCGGCUAUGUUUGAGCUGGUUUGUGCAGCAAAAAUUUUCAUUUGUGCUGCUAUCAUUCUAAAGGUAUUAAGAAAAAUGUUUUUAGAGGCCAUCAAAGGUAAAUGAACAUCAGUGUCCCCAGAGGGGAAGCAAUGAAGACAGUUAUAAGGGGAUGUAUAAUUUUGUACAAGGUAGCAAAAGAUAUGUGAUUGUAAGGAGACUGCUAAAUUCUGUGCCAUUAACACUAAAUAUAUACAGGCCUAAUUUUGAUGAUCCUAUCUUUUUUCAAGACUGUCUACACUACUUUUAGUGUAGUGCAGGCUAUAUCUAAAAAUGGUGAAUCCCUGAAAAAUCUCCUUCAUAAUUUGGUUGACAUCUGUUAUAUCCUACCAGGAGAGAUUAUUCAUACUUUUCCCCAGUACAUAAGUCCUACUUUAGGAUUCUGGGCUGCUACCAUCAGCAACAAGCGGCAAAUACCAUACUAUUCAAAUAUCAAGUCACACUCCUGUAUAUCUAAAUCUUAAAUUUGAUCAUAAAAAGGGUAGGUGCAACUGGCACUUAAAUAACACUCUGCUGAAAGAUAAGGAAUUUAUAUUUCAUAAAAAAUUAAGUUAAUUAAUUAAGCAAGGACGAUGUGGAGAAUUCUGCAAUAAAGAUGGUUAUAAGGGGAUGUAUAAUUUUGUACAAGGUAGCAAAAAGCAAAGAGUCCAGGAUGAGGUUGAAUUAGAUAGAUGACCUGCUGACUCGCUUAGAUAACUCAUAUAAAUCAAUCCUGAUAAUACUGAAUAAAAUAACUGCUCAAUCAUUCUAUUAUGUAAAAAAAAAAAAGAAAAAAAAAAAAAAUUACUGGUGCAUGUUAAACAAAGGUACUUUGGGUGACAAACCCCAUAAGGUUAAACCUGUGUCUAGCUCAAGGUUGAUCCGAUUCAUGAAUGCUAAUUUCGGCCAGCCGUUCUCUAGGUCUCCCCCUUCCUCAAGGUGUCGAGGUUCACUCAGGGAGCGUCAGCAAAUUUUACAUCCAAACUCUCCUGAGAAACUAAUGGAAAUAGAUUUCUUGCCUUGUGAUCAACUGACACAAAAUUCAUGCUGUUACACGAGACACACUGUUCUCUAGUGAAUUUUUAGUCAUACUCAAUAUUUUCAGUGAUUGUAAUCUUAAAAAGUAUAUAUUUUGGAUGGCCUAAAAAAUCAUUUUUAAUAUCUCGGAAGCCAAAGCUGCACAAACGAAAAUUUUAACGGCACAAACGGAGUACUAACCAAUCAGACUAUUUGCUGGAUUAUUUGAGUAGGUGGGGUGUCUGUUUCGCUUCUCCCAUUAAACACCAAGUUAACAAAAAAGCUCUCCCUCUUCAGAUGCCAAAUAAGCUGCAUUUCCCUCCCAAUUCUUUUUUUCUUUUACAUAAUGACCAGUUGUGUCCACCUAUAGUUUGUGAAGUAGAGUAAUCGUAACCGCUUUUUUUCUUCAUGUUGGCCGCAUUUUGGCCACUAUUUAUUUUUCUCAUUUUCAGCACUGACCUUACUUAAAGGAAAAACUUAAGGCUUACAAAAACUUUGUAUUUUCUGUCCUGGAGGGUUUACUAAAAAGCUGGGUCAGUUGUAAAGCAGGUUAAGUUAACCUAAAGCAGGUUAAGUUAACCUUGUGGUUUAGGUAAAGCACCUAAUUUUCUUAACUAAAUUAUGCCUGCAGGUAUAUCUAUUAGCAGGUUUAAUUUUGCCUGCACUUGGUUGUGUACAUUAUUUUAAGCGUAUUUGACAAGUUUACCAAAAUAUAAAAAAUGUCAUUCAAACUGCA